ACUCUUCACGCUGGAAGCCCAUCCUGCGCGCAUCCUCACCUUUACCUUGACUCGACGCGUGCCGUCCAAUUUACUUUGGUUACGGCAGAGAGCAGCAGGCUUGCACGCGAUACCUGCGCCCCUUUAAGCUGCGUCCAACUUCGGGCUCUUUCCGAUAAGGCUCAACAACACGACCGACAUCUCUCACCGAUCCACUCUGCCUCGCAAGCACACUCCCUGGUGCACCGCAAGCAUUCGCUGUGCCGCGCCUUCCCCCACGUCAAGACCCGCUGCACUCGACGUCCCUGCGCAGCCUGGUUUCGCGGAAUGACUUCGCUUUUGGUGAGCGACUUCGGUGGGAACCACUUUCACACCAACAUGUUUGGCGGCGGCAGCACGCAUCAGUCACAAGAGUCUCCUGCCGGGCGUCACACUCCCGUACGGCCAUCGCCGUCUUCGAGCACCAAUGCGCCGCGUGUGGUAGCUCCGUCUGCUGAUGUUCCCAUGGCCGAUUCGGCAGCCCCGCAGUCGAGCUCAACACCAGGCCAGCGAUCGCAGCAGCAAAACAGCUCCGAGCCCAACACCACCGCACCCGCUGCCGAACAAGCAGCACCGACGCCACCCAGUCCGCACUUUCGUCCCCACUCACAACAGCCGACCCCGUCGGGCGUAGACCCCGCCUUCACAAACACCCGAACCGUUCCCUCGUCAGGUCCAGCACAGUCCUUGCGAUCGCCCGAAGCCUCUCCUACCAAGAUAAAAGUAAAGAGUCUGUCGCAUAUCCAGAGCUUCGCCAUCGAUGAGUCCAGUCCCUUUUCCCAGUCGCGCUCGCUUGCACGGCGGCAGCGACGAGACCCUGCAGACGUCGGGCCUCAAUACGAGAUCAGCGAGAUGCCCGUGUCAGAUAUAAUCGAAAUGGUGGCUGGUUUGCUGACCAAGAUCACGACUACCAACGAUCGGCAGCACGACCAUCUGCACCGCCAAAUCCCGCCAUCAGAGGGCACCUCAGGGUUGAGCCAACAGACAACCAGCGUCUUGGCUUUUCAUGGAAAGAACGUCCCCAGCAUCUCUAUCCUCAGCUAUCUGAGUAGAAUUCACAAAUACUGCCCAACCACCUAUGAGGUCUUCCUGAGUUUACUCGUCUACUUCGACAGGAUGACAGAGAGGGUAAAUGCUGGCCCUAUGUCUGGUCUUCGCAAGGCUAAUCAACAGUCUGUGGAACAAUCAAAGUCUGCAAUGUCAGCGGCUUCGACUCCGGCAGAUAGCACACGACCUGCAUCAGCUUCCGCUCAGGCGGCCACGCCUCCUCCGUCAGGCUCCCUAGGCAAGCCCUCGCAAACACCACGCGAGGGCCCUCAGCCGCCUUCACCGCCUCAGCAAGAUCUCGACGUGGACGCACUGAACCUCUCACACUUUUUCGUUGUCGACAGUUUCAACAUACAUCGUCUCGUCAUAGCCGGUGUUACGUGCGCCAGCAAGUUCUUCUCUGACGUCUUUUAUACAAACUCGAGAUAUGCCAAGGUCGGCGGUCUACCGUUAGUUGAGUUGAACCACUUAGAGCUGCAAUUCCUGUUAUUGAACGACUUUCGCCUCGCUGUACCUUUGGAAGAGAUGGAGGCGUAUGGAACAAUGCUGGUCGAGUUCUACGCACGUGAAGUUGCUGAGCAGCACGAACGGGAAAACGGUGUGAAACAGUGAUACAGCAAUCGACUUGUACAGAGUACUUGCCACGGUUUGCUCCAAUCAGAUAAGGUGACACAACAGGAGGGGGCAGCGGAAGCAUUGCGGGUCCAUGCCGAAUAAGCAGGGAGACCCUUUGCGUCGAGUUAGAGAGGCCAGAGGAUACCACUUUUGCGCGAACCAUACCCAGUGUAUGGACUAUAUAUGUUACGGCAUAUUUUGAACAGCCAGAAUCUUUGCAUUCUGGACUAAUUUGAAAGGGAAGACAUCAUCCCGGAGCCCAGGAGACGACUUUGUUCAGCUUGGGUCAGCAUGCGAGCGAGUGUUCUUCCUUAGGUGUGCGUAGAUUUGGGAUACCAACUGUUUGUCUUUAUUUCAAGAGAGAUUGAUGACAUUACGCCAGAGUCUCAUUGUUCUGAGCUUCGUUUACCCUGCCUUCUGUAUUCUUGUUUUGAUACCUUUUCUGAACCAUUAGGGUGGCGUUUAUAGAGGUGCAAUCCCAGAAAUUCGCUUUGAUG